AUGUCGAAUAAUCCUCUGUCAGAAAAUAAUUGGCAAAAUAUAAAAAUAAAUAUUAUUGAAUCUCAAAACGACCAAAUACGAUCUUCUGCGCAAAAUAAUACAAACCUUAAAUCUCCGGAUCAUUUAAGUCCUCUAUAUGUCCCUCGUUGUAAUAUUAACCGCUCAGACUUAUCAAAUCUAAAGUAUUUAGCUAAAGGUGGAUAUGGUGAAGUUCGAACAGCAAAAUGGAAUGAACAACUUGUAGCAGCAAAAACUGUUGAUCGUAGAGAUCCUAGACAACUAAAAGAUUUUGAACGCGAGUUGAGAGCAUUGAAGAAAUCUAACGAUUGUAAAGAACUUAUUCAGUUCCUCGGAUUAUCUGAAGGCGAUAAAGAUGGAGAAUAUAUCAUAGUAAUGCAAUAUGCCGAAAGCGGAACUUUAAAAGAUUAUCUUGAAAAAAACAAGAAUAACCUAACAAUAGAUCAUAAGAUUUCUUUAUGCAAAGAUAUUCUUGAAGGAUUGAAAUUUUUGCAUCAAGAGAAUAUAAUUCACAGAGAUUUA